AUGGAUAUUGGAUUUUCUUCAUAUCACAAUGGUGGGCCAGUAAGAGAGCAAGAUUUUGAAAGACUUUCACAAACAGUUGGGACAUCAAUCCGUAAAAUUUCUCAAAAUGUGUCAUCAAUGCAAAAGAUGGUCAACCAGUUGGGAGGAUCGACAGAUUCACAGGAGCUUCGAAAUCAACUGCAUCAAAUUCAACAUUACACACAGCAACUGGCUAAAGACACGAAUGUACAUCUAAGAGAUCUGGCAGCGAUUGUCAGUAAUUCAUCAUCAAAUAGUCCUGGAGAUCAAACGCGUCGAAAAAUGCGUAUGCAAACAGAAAGGCUCCAAGACGAAUUUAUGUCUGCUUUAAACAGCUUUCAAAGUGUUCAGAGACAAGCAGCAGCCAAAGAAAAAGAAAUGGUUCGAAAAGCUAAAGUUAGUGCUGGUGUUGUACCAUUUGGCGAGAAAAAACAAGAAACAUUAAUUGAGUUACAAGAUAGCAGAACACAAAAACAGAUACAACAACAGAAUUUACAAGAUGAACAAAAUUUACGUAUGCUUGAAGAACAAGAAGCCAGUAUACGUCAACUUGAGAGUGAUAUUAGUGAUGUAAAUCAAAUAUUCAAAGACUUGGGAGCUCUGGUACAUGAUCAAGGGGUUGUAAUUGAUUCAAUCGAAGCAUCAGUAGAAAGAACAGAAGUAUUUGUGCAUGAAGGCGCCCAACAAUUGAGGACAGCAGCAACUUAUCAAAAUAAGUUGCGGAAAAAGAAGUGUAUAUUAGUAAUAAUUGGGGCUGUGGCUGUUUCUAUUUUGAUUGGAAUAAUUGUUUGGCAAACAUCUUAA